CACAAAAUCUCUUUCUAGUGGACCAGAUCCCUAAUUCACUCAAAAAUGAAAAUUCCACUAAAAAUUGCUCUAAUCUCAUUGCAAUUAUAGCCAAAUUAUGCUGAUUUCUUUCAUCAAAAUCCAAUCUUGGUAACUCAAAGGUCUUUUCUUUCACUCUAUCUUUAUUCUUGUUUACUUUGUUAAACAAAAAAACCCUAAAUUUAAAUUGAUUUUAAUUUUGGAAAAAUGAGUUCUAAAUUGUGGGUUUUCAAUUGAUUGUUGAAUUUCUCAUCUGGGUUCAUAAUCUUGGUGACCCUUUUGGAUUUUUUUUUCAUUUUCUUGUGAUAAAUUGGUGGUUUUUUGUUCUUAAUUUGAUUUACCUAAAAAAGAUUGUAACUUUAUUAGAAUUGUUGGUCUACUUGGUGUUGGUUUUGAUUUAUAAAUUAUUUGGGUUUUUUUCAAUUUUUUUUUUGUCUGACCUGAGAAAAAUUAGGGUUUCUGCUCAAAUUUAGCUGAUUGAAUUUGGGUUUGAUUUUUCUUGAGUUGGUAAGUAGUAGAAGUUAUUGGAUGAAUGUGAAGAUUGAAGGUUUUUAAUAAAAGGGAAUCUUGAUUUUCAUUUGGUAUAGUGGGAAAGCUUGAGUCUUUGGAGCUUCUUGUAUUUUAUUUUGUAUUGGUUGAAUUGAUAUGGGGGAUAGUACACCGAAUACGAUGAAUCUUGAUCUGAAUUUGGGACCUGUUGAAAGUCCUACUGAUGAUUCUGAGCCUGUUCCUGCUUCAUUUCCCAUUGAGGAUAUGAAUUUAGAGGAUUUGUUAGAUGGCUAUCGGUUUAGGGAAGUUGUUAGGCAAAGGAGGAGUAGAUGGCGUUCAGCCUUGAGGAACAUACCCGUCCCUGCAGAAGCGAGAAAUAUUGCGAUGGAAUUCAUUGGUAGGAGUGAAUCACAAACAGGUGAUGUUGAUGUUGUUCCCGAGGAGAGACCAACUGAAGUGGAAAAUACAUGUGAUAACAAUAACGGGUAUUUGAAUGAUGAGAUUCUGGGGAAAAAAGAAGACAAUGAAAAAGGUAAUAGUGAGGAAGGGGGAAGCUUUUUUGAUUGCAAUAUAUGCUUGGACUUGUCUAAAGAACCUGUUGUUACUUGUUGUGGUCACUUGUUUUGUUGGCCGUGUCUUUAUCGUUGGCUACAUCUCCAUUCGGAUGCGAAGGAAUGCCCUGUUUGUAAAGGGGAAGUGACUAUGAAGAAUGUAAUCCCAAUUUAUGGCCGGGGAACUGGUGUACGUGACCCACCUGAAGAGGAUUCGAAUCUGAAAAUCCCUCAUAGGCCUCAAGCAAGGCGUGUCGAGAGCUGGAGGCAAACUAUUCAAAGGACAGCAUUUACUAUUCCUAUGGAAGAAAUGAUUCGCCGUCUUGGAAAUAGAUUUGAUUUGUCUCAGCUGCAGCAGAAUAAUCCGGAAGGUUCUCAUGAAUUACCUGAGCGAAGCAGCUCACUGCUCAACCGUAUUCUUACUUCCAGGGGACUUCGCAGAGAACAGAAUCCCGUGAUUCCUUCUGAUGACGUGGUUGACUUGACACAGACGAGUCCGACUAACUCAGACGUGUGGGAAAGUCGUCGUCUUUCCUCUUUAUUACUCCGUAGAUCGAAUUCACAUCGAGCUGCUAAUUAUGCCAAUAUUGCUUCCGCUUUUGGUUCUGGUGGUAGGCUGGUUGAACCAUACUUCCGUGGUAAUACUGUGGAGAGGAAUCAGGAGCAGCAGCCUUUACCAGUUGAUGAUAGAGAUUCUGUUUCGAGUAUUGCUGCUGUUAUACACUCAGAGAGUCAAACAGUGGAUACUGCUGCUGAAAUAGAUUCUAGGGUUUCCCUUUCUACAUCAUCUUCCAGAAGAAGAAAUGAUGCUUCCAGAAUUUCAGAUGUGGAUAGUGGAGAUUCACGUGCACCUAGGAGGAGGCGGCUAAAUUGAUUAGUGUUCUUCUUAUGCCCCCCUUCCCCCGUAUGGUAUUGAUAUUCCUGAGCUUUUUCGUUAGGCAUAUUCGGUAGGAAAUGUACUCUUUUCCUUGAGUUUCAAAAUACCUUUUCCAGUUUGCUGCUUAGUCUUCUACCAUUAGUUCCCUUAUCCGGCUGGUCCAAGCUUUCAAGUUGCAAGUCAUAUGAAAAAACUUGCUUAAAUAAUCACGCUUAUUUGUCUUGACCUCUGUAAAUAACCAUGCAAGUGGUAGUUCUAUUGGUAUACCAGCUUUUGAUGUCCUCAAUAAAUUGAAUUUUGUUCCA